AUGCAUUAUAAUGUUGAUUCUAUUGAUAGUCAAAUGGCAGAUACGAACAUAGAUACAGUACAGGCAGACGUCAUCACUUCGAAGGAGAUGGAAAACCAGGAUACCGAACAAUCACAAAAAAGAGGCGGAUCUGAAGUAGAGAAAAAUGAUUUUAAGCGGCAGAAGGUAGUUGUACCAGAGGGUAUGACCAAACGAGAAUACAAAAGACAAUUGAAACAGCAACGUUGGGAAGAAACCAAAGAUGAAUACAAACAGAAGAAAAGAGAAAAGAAGAAGGCAGCCAGAGAACGUCGUAAGGAACGCAUAAAAGAGGCCGAAACCAAUGGGGAAUCAAACGAAGAGCUCUACAACUAUCAUCAGAUGAAGCGAGCCAAGGUAGCACCGCAAGAGCAGAUAGAUACCGAUGUUAAAAUAAUAAUGGACUGUGCAUUUGACUCGCUUAUGAACGACAAGGAGAUCGUAUCAUUGUCGAACCAGAUCACCAGAUCGUACUCGGCCAAGAAACACAGCACGUACGACGUGCAAUUGGACAUCACGUCGUUCAACAAGAACUUGAAGAAACGAUUCGAGAAGGCCAUUCCGCAGUACGACAAGUGGACCAACGUGACGUUUGUCGAAAACGAUAAACUAGAGGAUAUAUUGCCAAUGGACGACAAACAGGCUCUCAGCAAAUAUGUGUAUUUGACCGCCGACACCGACGAGGUUAUCGACACGCUCGAACCACAACACACGUACAUAAUUGGGGGCAUUGUGGACAAAAAUAGGUACAAGAACUUGUGUCUUAACAAGGCCCAAUCGCUUGGUCUUAAAAUCGGCAGAUUGCCCAUCGACAAAUUCAUUAAGAUGAAUGGAAGACAAGUUCUUGCCACAUCACACGUAUUUGAAUUGUGCUGCAAGUGGUUUGAGAACGACAAAGACUGGGGGAAGGCGUUCAACGAAGUUCUUCCACCUAGGAAGGUGAAGGGCAAGCUCACGCACGACGCCGAACCAGAAACCUCCAUUGAGCCAUCUGACGCUUCCGAACAACCGGUACUGUCUGACCAACCUGUACUGUGUGAAAAAUCUGUAUUACCUGAAUCAUCAGACGAACCAUCCAAAGGUGCAGACCACUAG